AUGUUUAGGGCAGCCAGUACCAGCCCAGAACGAGCUAAAUCUCUAUUAAGUAACGACAAGUUGAGCGAUGUUAAAUUUGUGGUUCCCUUGUCCCUGCAUGGGGGUACAACUGAUAUGUCCAAGAUGGUAAUUCCCGCGCAUAGGUUUUUGUUGGCGAUUGCAGGCCCGGUUUUCUACGUGAUGUUUUGUGGCAUAUUGGCAGAGAGAAAUGAUUAUAUAGAUCACCUUGAUUGUGACUAUCAAGGGAUGAUGGAGUUCCUGUGAUACAUUUACACCAAGGAAGUUAGCUUCAAUUUUGCAGUUACUCUAUUUGGAAGAGAAAUACAUGAUUCUCUCGCUGACCAACCGCUGCAUUUUAUUCUUGCACGAGCAUCUGGAUUCAAGUAACAUCUUUUGUGUCUUGAAACACUCCAAGUUAAUUGAAAAUAAGUCUGUCUGGCGUUCUUGUUGGAAAUUUACAGAAAAAGAAGCCAAAGAUGUUUUGGAAUCAAGCGUGUUCUUUGAAAUGGACCGAUCAGACUUGAUUGAAUUGGUAAAAAGGAACACAAUGAACAUCGAGGAAAUUGAAUUGUUCACUGCCAUCAAUAAGUGGGCGGCAAACCAAUGUAAAAAGCUA